AACAACAAUAAUAAUAAAUAUUUUAAGUGGGCUGGGGGUGCUAGGGUCUUGCCUCAAAGAGUAAGCAGGAGCAUGAACCGUGAGUAGUGUGAUCCGUGCAUUACGACAAGAAGGACGCGGAAUAGCUAGAAGUCUCUGAGAACUGGAGGUGUGCAGGCGGCUUGCAGGAGGGGUGGCACAUGGGCUGGGUUAAAAGAUGAGAGUUUAGAGGUGCACAGACUGGGGAGGAGCCACAGUCUCCAAAACGGCACAGCUGGAUGGUGGGGAGUGGAUCAGUCAUUAGGGAAAGGGGUGGACAUGGCGAAGAACAUACACAAGCCCUCAGAGGAGACCUCAGCAGUCAAGUGGUUUUACUGGUUCAGGGGUACAAAGGUGUUCAGGCCCAGCAGGAAGUUCCCAAAUGUCUGUUGUGUGCCCAUGGUUCUCAGUGCUGCCUGUCCAGUCCUGAAUAGAGCUGCUGUCCCCAGGGAGCCUGCGUUCUAGGUGGGGUUGGGGGGGACAGUUAAUCAAUAUGUGAGUGAAUCGAGUUAGGUGGUGUUGAUGUAAUGAGUGCUGUGGAGGAAAAGAUGGUGAAGCUCAGCCUGGGAGAGGCUGACAUGUUUGCAUGGUGGUCAAGGUAGAGACCUAAAGGAAAGGUGGGAGGGAGCUGUGUGGCUGGGCAGAGACAGCCAGUGCAAAGGCCCUGUGGCAGAAGUGGGCUUAGUAUGUUGAAGGAACAGCAAAGAGGCCAGUGUGGCUGCAGCUGAGGAUGGAAGUUGAAACUGUAGGAGCUGAGAUCAUAGAGGCCAGGAGGGCCAUCGAGUCCUUUGGGCUGUUGUAAGGACUGUGGUUUUUACUCCAGAGGAGCUGGGAGCUAUUGGAGAGUUUUGAGUGGGGGUGGCCAGUACUGGCUAAGCCUUGGAAGGGUCACAAGACUGCUGAGUAGGGACUGAUCAUCAGAGGCAAGGGCAGAAGCAGAGAAACGGGUCAAGGGCCUGUUGUAUCAAUCCAGGAGGGAGGCUGGCUGGGGCAGGGUGAUGGUUGGGGUCAGUUGAGAUAUGGUCAAGAGGUAGGUAGAGAGACCUGGAAGGUUCUUUCCAACGCUGCCACUUACCCUUGGAGGAGACUCACAUUGCAAUUUCUUCUCUCUAGGCUAGCUUGUCACUUACUGCAAGGGUUUCCCUCAGGAGGCCUCCUGCUGCCGGGCAUCAUGACAGUGAGGGGGGCUGUGCUGGCCCCGGAUCCAGUGUCGCCCACGACUGCAGCAGCCUCUCCCAGCGUCUCCGUGAUCCCUGAGGGCAGCCCCACCGCCAUGGAGCAGCCUGUAUUCCUGAUGACAACUGCCGCUCAGGCCAUCUCCGGCUUCUUCGUGUGGACGGCCCUGCUCAUCACAUGCCACCAGAUCUACAUGCACCUGCGCUGCUACAGCUGCCCCAACGAGCAGCGCUACAUUGUGCGCAUCCUCUUCAUCGUGCCCAUCUACGCCUUUGACUCCUGGCUCAGCCUCCUCUUCUUCACCAACGACCAGUACUACGUGUACUUCGGCACCGUCCGAGACUGCUACGAGGCCUUGGUCAUCUAUAAUUUCCUGAGCCUGUGCUAUGAGUACCUAGGAGGAGAAAGUGCCAUCAUGUCGGAGAUCAGAGGAAAACCCAUUGAGUCCAGCUGUGUGUAUGGCACCUGCUGCCUCUGGGGAAAGACUUAUUCCAUCGGAUUUCUGCGUUUCUGCAAACAGGCCACCCUGCAGUUCUGUGUGGUGAAGCCACUCAUGGCGGUCAGCACGGUGGUCCUCCAGGCCUUCGGCAAGUACCGGGAUGGGGACUUUGACGUCACCAGUGGCUACCUCUACGUGACCAUCAUCUACAACAUCUCCGUCAGCCUGGCCCUCUACGCCCUCUUCCUCUUCUACUUCGCCACCCGGGAGCUGCUCAGCCCCUACAGCCCUGUCCUCAAGUUCUUCAUGGUCAAAUCCGUCAUCUUUCUCUCCUUCUGGCAAGGCAUGCUCCUGGCCAUCCUGGAGAAGUGUGGGGCCAUCCCCAAAAUCCACUCGGCCCGUGUGUCGGUGGGCGAGGGCACCGUGGCUGCCGGCUACCAAGACUUCAUCAUCUGUGUGGAGAUGUUCUUUGCGGCCCUGGCCCUGCGGCAUGCCUUCACCUAUAAGGUCUAUGCUGACAAGAGGCUGGAUGCACAAGUGCCAACAUACGGCCCUUACGGCCGCUGCGCACCCAUGAAGAGCAUCUCCAGCAGCCUCAAGGAGACCAUGAACCCGCACGACAUUGUGCAGGACGCCAUCCACAACUUCUCCCCUGCCUACCAGCAGUACACGCAGCAGUCCACCCUGGAGCCUGGGCCCACCUGGCGUGGUGGUGCCCACGGCCUCUCCCGAUCCCACAGCCUCAGUGGCGCCCGAGACAACGAGAAGACUCUGCUGCUCAGCUCUGACGAUGAGUUCUAGGUGCGGGCUGCGGUGGCGGAAGUGCUGGGCCGUAGCCAUGGUCAGGCUGUGCCCCCCUCCAGCCUCACCACCAGGCCAGGAGGCAGUUGGCACUGCGCUCAUGCCGCCCUUUAUUUAUUGGACCAGAAACACACACGUCGCUUCCAGAGGAAUGGGGGACAGCCAGGCUCACCCACGGGCCUUCAGGAAUAUUUAUACACGGCCCACCCUGCACUGCCCGGGCGAGGGCAGAGGACACUGGGAGCAAGGCUCAGGUCCCUGCUGCUCAUUCUGUGCUGGGGGCAUGCGGGGACCAGCCACACCCAGGCCCCAAUGCUUGUGUGUGGACCAGCAGCUGCAGCCUUCUAGCCUCUCCUCCCCGUAAGUCUCAGGCUGAGGUUGGCAAACCUUGGUCCCCCCACACCGUGCAAUACUCUGUCUGCCCUGGGCUCUUCCCGCCUGCUUCCCUUCCCAUUCACCUUUGUCCAGUGCUAGAGUCACUUCAUCCCGGGCAGGAGCAGGGAUGUGGGCGCUCUGUGGUCCUUCCCUCCUGACCCAGGCCUCCCUGGCAUGCUGCAAGGAUCAGAGCCAGACACCAGGAGAAACAGGCCUCACCCAGGAAGGGCAUUCAGGGGCUUCUGGGCACCGCUUCUGUUGAAGCAGAGGCCCCUGGGUGUCCCCAUUCGUCGUGGCCGCACCUCUGUCUGCCUCAGGCCCCUUCCCCCUGGCCUACCAAGGACAGCCCACAGCCCGCACCACCGGCUCACUUGGGUCCUUGAGAGUUUUGGGCAGAACCCUUGUUUCCUGGCUGCUCCAGAGGUCAGGGGCUCCCAGCCCUCCUUCCCAGGCUGAUACUGGGUUCUGGUCUCUCCCUGGGGCUUCUCCCUCUCGUUUCAGGGGAAAGAUCUGAGUCUCCUCAUUUCAGACCAGCUUCCGGAGGAAGGCAGUGCGGCAGAGAGGCCGGAAGGGGUGGCUGCGCGGUGGGGAGCUGGGAGGUAGGGGGAGUGAUCCCAGACUUCCCUCCGGGGCCCCCAUCCACACAGGGCCUGGUGUUCUGCCCCAUCCGGCCCCUGGCCCAUCUCUUCUGUGCCUUAGUCACAUAUGAAAGCGCCCCUCCCUGCCUCCCUGUCUGUCCCACAUGCGCCCUGGGGCUCCUAGUUCAGCUGUUAGCGCUCACCGGAUCCUGCAGUGCUGGGCAGAACCCUCGGACAGGCCUCAAGAGUGGUCAGGACCACCAAGGCCCUCCUCUCUCCUCCACACCUCUAGACCUGGGGCCUCUGGAGCCGGAGCCCCCAGCAAGCUGGGCUUAUACCAGCUCCUGACUUAGGAAGAGCCUCCUGUCCUGGCAUUUAAAGCCCAGAUUAUCCCUGGGUUUUGGCCACAGUUGCCUCGAGAAGCCGGUAGGGUGAGGGAGAAGGACCCUGCCCGUGUUCACUGGGGAUUCUUCUGGUCCUUCCUGGAAUGAACAGGCUCCCUUCCUGCCAUCUGUGAGGAGAGUCAGGGCCUGGCCGUCUUCCUGGCCUCCUUCCUUCCCUCGUGGCAGAGGUUUGCAUGUGGAUGCCGGCCGCCAACUCUCCCCCUCCAUCUGGGGGGCCCUGACCAGUUGGCCCCAAGCUGCCCGGGAGGGUGGGUGUAGACACAGGGUGAGGAACAGCCCUGGCCCUGCCGCACUGUCCGCUGUCACCAAGCUGUCUCUCCGACGCGGCUUCCCUUCUCCCUCUAGGCCAAAGUGCUGCUGACUCUCACUCCCUUGGUCUUUGCCUGCCCCAGCGUUGCUGUCCUCGUGGAGGGUGGGGAUGAGGAGAGCUCGGUGGCCGGGAAUCAGCGGUCCCUGGGGACAGGGGAUGGGAACACGUGCCCGACCGCUCCAUUCCCUCCUUCCUAGGAUGCAUAACCUACCUUGUCUUUUUAUUUUUUUUUUAAUUUUCUUUCCAGAUAGAGUAGCUCUUUGUACAUAAAAAAUACUUGAAAAAAUAAUUGUAUGAUGUAUGAGAAGACAGAGUCCCCUAGUUUUGUAUCUCGUUGUAUGACUGCCAUGAGAUCCACCAGAAAGCCACUCUAUUUUGGUCUCUGUGACAUUUUAAAUGCGUGACAGAAGUGAGCAAAUAAAGUGAGGAAGAAAUAUAUAUACGAGAUAAUAUAUAUUGUAUUGAAAUCUC